UCCAUACACACCCAAGUAUACCCACAUUUAAAUAUUUUAUCAACUCUUUUCCUAGCUCUUCUUAUUUUUAGUACCUCAAAUUUCAAGUUUCAAAUGUGUUUUUUUCGUUAAACUGAAGUUUUAAAACUGACUUGGCAAGCAAACUGACUUGCAAUCUGAUUUUGGAUUCACAAACGCACGAGAGAGAGAGAGAGAGAGCGAUUGAACGGACCCUAACCCUUGCCGCCGCGACGCCGCCUCCCUCCGCUGGAGACGGUGGCCUCCUGCCUCACGCCGCUCGCACAGCCUCGCCGUUCCUUCCUCCUCCCAUCUCAGUUGCAGUGUAAGAUAUCUGAUAGCAAGCAAGUUCCAACCAUGCUUCUUGGUGAGAACUCCAUUUUGGAAACUCACUAUGAUGUUCUAUCUGUGAAGGAGGAUGCAAGCUAUGAUGAAAUUCGCACAAGCUACCGAUCAGCCAUCCUAAAUUACCAUCCUGAUAAAUUACAGAAGAAAUCUGAGACAACCAGCCCUGACCAUGAGUUAAGGGAAAGAUUUUUGAAGGUACAGAGAGCUUGGGAAAUCCUCAGCAAUUCGAAUUCACGAGCUAUUUAUGAUAGUGAAUUGCGAGCUUCAAGACAUGAUACUGUAGUUGCAGAUGAUAUCAGCUUGGAGGAUAUGACAGUUGAAGAUACUGGUGAAGUGAUGGAGCUCUUUUACCAAUGUCGAUGUGGUGAUUACUUCUUUGUUGAUUCCCUGGAAUUGGGUAAAAUUGGAUAUUCAUUGUUGAGAGAUGGGAAUAAGAUUUUAUUACGGACACUGGAUGCUUCACCGGCAUCAGUGGUUCUUCCUUGUGGGUCUUGUUCUUUGAAAGUUCGUGUAUUGAUCAAUUCAGAUAUUAUUCUUUCAAUUGAUGAUCAUCUAUGAUUGUUGUUGUCAUUGGCACUU